GUAAAUACCAUUUCCAUUUGGUUAUCCGCUUGGAUUUGAUUUGUGUCUAGACAUCUUCCAAUCUGUGUGGGUACUGGGUAUGUGUCACUGUCAGAAGUGUCAGAUUCAAUUGUCAAUUUCGGUUCGGCUGACAGGGGAUACAAAAAAGGUGAAUAGGCAAAAUAAAACAGAAAAUAGUAAAAAAUGGCUGCGACUACGAUGCAACAAGCUAAUGUUAGUGAAUAUUUAACAAAACAGCAAGAAGUUAGUCCGAAAGAGCUAAGUUCAGAGUGGGCGGAACUUGAGGAACUGUAUAACAAAAGAUUAUGGCAUCAACUAACGCUGAAGAUCCUUAAAUUCAUCAAAAAACCAGAGCUGCAAAAGGGCGACAACCUUAUACAGCUUUAUUCAAACUUUAUACAAACUUUUGAAAAUAAAAUAAAUCCUUUAUCGUUGGUUGAAAUAGCCGCGCUAGUAGUUGAGCAAUACAAGGAACCCAAAGAAGCUAUAGCAUUUCUAGAGAAAACUGAACCAAAAGUAAAAAUCAACCCAGAUGCACAAAACCUAUGUAAAGUCCUAGCUGGUCAGAUAUAUUUAGAAAAACUCAACGACUUGGAUGCUACAAAAAAGAUCAUAGAGGAAGUAGAAGCUACUCUUGAAGGUGCUGAUGGUGUUACUGCAGUACAUGGAAGAUUUUAUCUUUUAGCAUCUCAAUAUUACAGGUAUAUAAUACUAGUAGCAAAAAAAUGCAGAUUUUUUCUUUGAAGCAAAAUUUGUAAUAGCAUAAACAUUAUCCAUAUUUCAUCUUCACAAUUAUUGUAAUCACAUGUUUGGGAAUAAUAUUACUUGGAAUUUGAAAUAUCACUAACCCUUUUCAAAGUUUAAAACCAAAUAAAAAAUCAAGAGACAUUUUUUAUUUUCCAAUUAUUGAUACAGGUAAACAUGCAUUUCAACCAUUAAUUGUUGUCAGGUCACUUUUUUGAUAACUUAUUUUAGUAUUACCAGUUGUCUACUUUAAUUGCAGUUUUGAGGCAAAUACCUAUAGUCUUGACUUUCCUCUACAUGAUGCUCCAAAAUGCUCUGAAAUUGAACAAAGAUAACCUGUCCUAGUGACAAGGAGUCCCAAAAGUAUUAGAGAUCUUCAUGAGAAUUUUUCUCUACAAUUCUACUUGCUGCGGAAUACUGUUUUUGUCAUUUUGAUACUAAGGUGUUAUGUUUCCUCUAAAUGAUCAUAUGGCCUUGCAGUACCCUUUUCCUCAUACCCUUGUAUUUCAAAGGUUGAACUGUAGAGCAGCAUAUUAAUGUGUACAGCCAUUCUGAGAGACAGGCCUGUUUUAAGCUGGAAUUGCCAGAUUGUGAAAACCCACUGAUUUGGUGAUAGACUACAUUAAGCAACAGGCGCAGUGGCGCUAUAGCCUAGUGGAAUCGCACAGCAACCCACUGUUAUGUGAGUCAGUGGACUACACAGUCGAGCAAGGACAAAAGGCCGCGGCUCGCAAAGUAAUCAAAAUUAAUUUGUGAACUUAGAACAACCGAAAUUGGAUCAUUUUGACAAAAUCUUCAGAAAAAAUCGAAUAUUUUUAGACCAUUUCAAAAUCAGUGAAGUGAUUUUAACAAUGCCUAAAUGCUGCCUAUCCUAAAAGAUUCUCUUCUUCCCCUAUGCUCUCGUUCUUCCUUCUCUCCUUU